UAUGAGCGUGGGUGUGGCGAGGAGGGCGGGAGAUACCUUUAACACAUGGAGGCUCUUCUUUUGCUGAUAAAAAACAUCGAUUGGGGUACUUUACAGGACACUUGUGUUCAAGUGCUUCACUUUUGGCUGUGGAAACGCAGACAUCACUUCAUCAGGUGUUACUGCCAUCAUCGCGUCUGAUUUGUACCUUGUCCAGACAGAUGUCCAGUACGAAGUGGUUCCUGAUUCUUUUCCUGGUUCUAGGAAUUGCUUCACUACUGUAUCUUUCGUAUGCCCCUAUGACAGAGGAGAAAGCACCACAAAGGAACCCUCCUGCAAAACAACAACUCACAGGAGCACCGAGUAAUGCUCCUGUAAAAGAAGAACCAGAAAUAGACACUGUCCAGGAAGAUCCAGGGUUGUACCAUGUGGCUUAUCCCCGAAAAUACAAAUUUAUCAUUGACCAGCCAGAGAUAUGUAAAUUGCAAAAACCCUUCGUGGUGAUUAUGGUCCCGGUGCCUCCUGGCGACGUUGAAGCGCGCAGUGGCAUCAGGAGGACGUGGGGAAGAGAAAAGGUUGUUGGGGACAAAGCGGUUGUGGUGCUGUUUAUUAUGGGUUUACACAGUGGAAAUGAUGAAGAAACAUUGCACGAGCAACUCCGGAAUGAGAGCCAGCAGUACGAAGACCUUCUCCAGAGCAACUUCCUGGAUUCCUAUAAGAAUCUGACCAUUAAAACCAUGAUGAUGAUGGAAUGGCUCAGCAGGAAUUGUCAACAGGCGUCCUUUGCUGUGAAAGUGGACGCUGACGUGCUCCUUAACAUGAAUAAUCUCAUGAAUAUGCUUGAGAGUCUGAACCCAGUACCAGCCAACUAUAUGACCGGGCUGGUGUGGUACGCAAGCCCAGUCAUCCGAAAUCCGUUCAACAAGUUUUUCCUUCCCUACAGUGUUUACUCCAGAAGCACAUAUCCGCCAUAUCCUCUAGGCAUGUGUUACAUCAUUUCUUUGGACCUGCCGCAGAAAUUUAUACAGGAAUCGAAGCACAUUAAACCCAUAUAUUUGGAGGAUGCAUAUCUUGGCAUGUGUUUGGAGAAGUUGGGAAUCGUCCCAAGCAGACCACCAAAUAUAGGGCAGUUUGUGGUGACAAAACCGCAGUACAAUCGCUGUUACUAUUCUGGAUUGAUAGCUGUGCUUACGGACAACACGAAUCAGAUGACGUCCUUUUGGACCGAUGUUCAUUCAACCAGCAAUCCAUGCUGAGAUGGAAACAUCCAAACUAAUAUGAUAAACUAAUAUUAUGUGUCUGAUUUUUCGUGUGCGUAUGAGUGAAAGCAUUUUUUUGUUGAAAUAAAGUGAAACCAUGCAUCAUGUAUGUACCAGUAUCCAACUCAGGAACAAAGACACAAGUAUUACAUGUAAAAACAUUAUUUUUUUUAAUAUUAUUUACAGUUUAAAGGGGUCAUAUGACGUUGCUAAAAUAACAUUAUUUUAUGUAUUUGGUGUAAUGAAAUGUGUUUAUGCGGUUUAAAGUGUUUGUUCACCCCAAAGUUAGCUUGUGUUUUACUUACCCUCAAGCAUCCUAGGUGUAUAUGACUUUUUUCUUUCAGACGAAUCCAGUCAAAGUUAUAUUAAAAAUUGUCCUGGCUUUUCCAAGCUCUAUCAUUGCAGUCAGUGAGUGUUGCAGUUGAACAGUCCACAAGUCGUCAAAUAAAGUGUGCACAUUCCUAAAAAUGAUGUUUCCCAUGCCUCAAGGGCGCAUCGAGGCUGAGUAAAAAGCAAGCCAAUUUUCAUUUUUGGGUGAAUUAAUCCUUACUACUACCCUUACUACGUACAUUACUACGUUUUUGGGUAAACUAACCCAGUGUGCUGGUAGCAGACUCAUACUGUGGGGCUGAGGGACUCAUCGGAGUAGAUGAAAA